AGCUGAGUGCAGGGCCGCAGCUACCCCACGAAUUAAUUCCAAUGGGAAAAAGGAGCUAGAUGCGUGGAAAUUUCUGAAACCGCAGGAAAAUUAAGAAAUACGAAGAAUAAAAUCCGAAUGCGCAAUAAAUGGGUUUUGGAUUAAAUUUUAGGGAUUAAACGUGAAACGAGAGAAACGCGUUCAUUGAUUCACGGUCGCGAUAUUCGUGAAAGGAAUAGUGGUAAUUCGGUAACGUAUUUUAUCACAGAUCUAUUAGCGCUCAAUGGAAAAUUAAGAAACGAUAUAGCGCUUCCAACCCUUUUCGCGACUGACCAUUCGCGUUAAGGAUGGUUAUUCUGGUUCUUUCUAAGACUCACCGAGUGGUCUAUAAGAAGACGAGAAUAACUCCCCAGUCACCGUCGUACACGUGUACCAGGGUGGUACAAAAUAGUGGGGAAAUAACGAAGAUUAAGCCUGCUUCGAGAACAUAUAAAAAUGUUAUUUUACACGGCCUAGAAUUAGCUCAAAAUUUUUACAAAAUCUCGACGAUCGAUGUCAAGCGAUAUCAUUAUACCAAAGACGUUUCCAUUUACUGAAAGAUAUCACAUUCAUAACGAAGUAUCUAAUUCCAACUUAUCCAAAAAAUCGGUAAACAAUUCCAAGAAACGAUAUACCCUGAAAUCUACCCAUUGGUGACAAAUCCUCUUGUUAACUCGUUUCUAGUUUAUUACGAUAACGAGGAAAAGAAAUCGAAAUUUGUGUACACUUCGGCAUGCAAUAUUCUUGGAAUAGCCAUUCAUAUAUUGGUCACCGCCUCAGCGCGUGCAGCGCGUCGGAGCGGUGGGGGGGAAUGUAUACAAUCGAGCAGUAAAGAGGAAACUGGCAGUAUUGGCGCUGCGGCCCUGAGUGCCACGCUGUGUACAGCUGUGCGCCAUCGUUUCUCCGCGCAUCGAUGUGACCGCGGCGCGGCGUAGUGUGUGGGUCGCGCGUUGUUGUGUGUGCAGCCUUGCGCCGUCCCGUGCGCGGGCUCGCGCUUUCGUGUGCGCGCGGCUUCGCGUCGCUGUGUGCAGUUGGCGUGCCGUACGGCACGUCCGGAGUCGGCUCUGCUCGCGGACCGAUCGGGGGAACGAUUCUGGAAAAGGCUCGAGCGAAUCGAGCGCGCGAGCUACCGCCAGCCAGAGUUUCCUCUGCUAUGUCAAAACGUGUACCGCUGAUCGUAUGCCGGACCCAGUCAAAUUCCAAGUGCAAGUGCAGCACUUCUCGAUUUGGGUUACACUGGCCGAGUAAAGUCAGAAAGCUAAAACAAAAAAAUCGCAACAAGAUGACAGGAAUUGUUGAACAUCGAGACCUAAGAGAUAGUUUAUCACCAUUCAAAUCAGCCGAUCAUCCACAUAUUCCACCGCCAACAUUACCGUUACUCACACAUGUCGAUGAAGUAGACAAUAUCGACUAUCGUUUCGAAGAUGCAAGGUUAGAGAGUUUCAGAAACUGGCCCAUACCAUUCAUGGACCCUGCAAAACUUGCAGCAGCUGGUUUUUACUAUACCGGAGAAGGAGACAAAGUUAGAUGUUUUGAAUGUCAGGUGGAAAUAUGUCAAUGGAUAGAAGGUGACAAUCCGAUGGUAGAUCAUCAGCGAUGGUCAGGCAGAUGUAGGUUUAUACGUAAACAGCCUUGUGGCAACGUACCGAUUGGGGUGGAUCCUCAAACGGUACCUCCGCCGCUGCCCCGAAGUCGAGAUGUAUGUGGACCAUAUGGAGUGGAAUAUCGACCUACUUCGGGACCGGACAACCAUUCGUUCACAAAAGACCUACAACUACCAAGCAAUGCAAAACUAGGAUGCUUAGGGCUUGGUCGACCUAAAGGCCCGUGUCAUCCGGAGUAUGCAAGUUAUGACGCAAGAUUACGAACGUUCGAAUCUUGGCCAAAAUCGAUGCCACAGACCAAAGAACAAUUGGCAGAUGCCGGUUUCUUUUACACGGGGAAGGGUGAUCAGACAUUGUGCUAUCAUUGUGGUGGUGGUUUAAAAGACUGGGAACCCGAGGAUGAUCCAUGGGAACAACAUGCCAAAUGGUUCUCAAAAUGUUAUUACCUUCUUUUGGUAAAAGGUCAGGAGUUCGUUAGUGGGGUAACGGGCCAGCGCGUAUCGCCUCCUUCAAAAGAAGAAGCCAUGCAGAUGAAUCUACCUAGUUAUAUUAAGAAGGUCGAGCAUUCUGCAGCUGUAGAGACGGAAACGAAACCCAAUGUCGAGAGCAAUCCUGGGCCAAGCACGGUGUUGAGCAGAUCCCAAGAUAGCGGUAUCGGAUCUCAAGACAGUGGUAUCGAGAAUUUAGGGUCCUCGAAAAAUAGCAGUCUAGAAGACUUAUCCAAUGUAAAGCCGACUAAUAGUAAGCCUAUCGAUGACGCGAGGAUAUGCAAGAUCUGCUACAACGAAGAGUUGGGCGUAGUGUUUUUACCUUGUGGACAUAUGGUUGCUUGCGUAAAGUGUGCACCCGGUAUGACGACUUGUGCCGUGUGCAGAGAACCCGUCAGCAUGACGGUCCGGGCUUUCUUCUCAUAGUAUUUCAUAUUUCGUGAUGUACAAUCGCUUAGCCCGAGAACGCGCUAUGGGGCGCUUACUAUGAUACUGCGAGCAUUUCUCUUCUAGUACUUCGUACUUCACGCCGUAACGACUGGUAGCGAGGAAGAUAUAGCUAUUCGGUGAAGAUGCGUUUAUCACAUACGCCUCGGGUAGUAAGGAGAUAAACUUUAGACACCUAGAAUAAACAAAUUGCAAGAUUUUAAUUUCAGUUGCCCCGAAAUCCCAUGCAGUAGCAUAUGUUCUAUCCCAAUUGUUGGCUCAUAAUUGCAGAAUGAAACUGCAUUCCUUCUCUUAAACGAGAAACAGCGAUGUGCCUCGGCAUGUGGAAAAUUUGUUACGGCUUUGAUGUUGCACCGAAUUGAACAUCAAAAGGAAUAAGCUGAUGCAUUGGAAAUACGCUGAUCGAAUUGUAUUUUUAACAUAUUUAAAGAGUCCCUUUUGACUGUCUUUUAUAAGUAAUUCUAAAAGAAAAUUUCUUUUUCAUAGGUUUGCUGCAUUAAUAUCUGGCUCUCCUAAUCCAAACAGUAUUAAAACGAUUCGUUAGUCUGUCUGGUGAAUUAUUGUGAAUACUUACAGAACAUAUGAUAAUUACGCAAAUAAUACAAUUCCGUUGCCUAACUGCAACCUCUCUGUAUAAAAAACGAAUGCACCUUACUAAAAUCGAAUGUUAACGCGUUUAGCAUUAAUCCCAUCAUCAUCCCCUAAGGGCCGACGUCAUUAUUAAUUGUUAUCGAUAAGUCUAGAGCUAGAAAGGUAUAUACAUAUUUUUAAAAAAUAACGUUGCGUACAUUUCGCGCUACGAAACUAUUACUAAUUGCUGCGUUACUGUCGCUCCGAUGGCCUGCAAUAAGGAUCAACAUUGACCCUUUACUGUACAAGCCUGUCGAAAUGUAAAAUAUAUAUUUUCGGAUCUUUUUCGGUCGAGUAUAGAAAAAAUAGUUAAACUACCAUCUACGUGUAUCGUUUGUAACAUUUUUUUGUCGUAAACAAAAAAUAUUUUGCUCAUUAAUUAUUUUUUGUGUGCUCAAUAAGCCAAAAGAAAUCCGAAAUGGUUUUGUGCAACCAGCAAGAAUAAAUGUAACUUGUAAAAUUGCUUAGCGUAUGUCACCAGUGAAGGGUUAACUUUCUUCUUUGUAAGCUUGCCAUCAAAUUUCGAAGUACCAUUUUUCGUUGACUCGGUUUUGAAACGAAUAAUUUCUUUUGAUAAAGUCAUCAAAUUCAAAACACUGAAGCCAGUGAAACGUGGUUCGCAAAAUACUUUAACAAAAUGUGAUAAUUUGUCUGGGCCAAAUGUUUCACGAAAUUGGUGGAAUAUAAAUAUAUGUGUACAUUUGCGAAGACAAAUAUCUUAUAAGCGAUGCAGAGUUUAAUUGUAAACAUCAACCGAGUCGCAUUGGGAACAGACUGAGCAUUUCAGAAAUAUUGCAGUGGCAGAACUUUUACGCCUUUAUUUUAACAGAAAGAGUAAGCUGGUGGAGUAAUACCUUAGUACAGAAAUUACACAACUGUCAAUAACUUCCAAAUAAGUUCGAAUACCGAGAUUCUGGCAGAGUCUGAAUAUCGAAUUUCGAUACAAACAAAUUCAAAAGAGUAAGCAAAAAAUUUGGCAAAUGAACCGAAUUACAGCAUAAUUCUACAAGAAUACUUCCGUUAUCGAAGGUGGAGCAUAGUUCUAUGAUAUUUAGAAAGUUGACAGUAUAAAGAAUUGUUACGGCGACAUUCUGUACAAAUCGGAGAUCAUCUAAUUGUGUAUAAUUCUUGUGAUUAAUGGUAUGUAUAAUAAAAAGGUUAGAGUAAUGAAGA